AUGAAGCGAGCAGCGCCGGAUCCCCCCCAACAAGCGACCAUGCGUCGCGAGAAGCGCCCGCGUACCAAUGGCAACAUCAAGGCCACCACACUGGAAAGGACGGAGACGCCGCGCUCGCAGCGCCGUCGCGUUGGAUUGAUCAAGGCGCUCCGGCAGCGCGCUAUCAGGAGGGGUGAAGAGUAG